AAUAACAUAUCAGAAUUUUUGUAAUCAAGCAAGCCUUCUCUUUCAUUAACUUACUCCAGUUAUGCAGCAGUUACUCUAAUCCACGGUAUUUUCCAAACUGUGGAUUGUGAAAUUGGUGCAGUAGGACACAGGUUGACAUUGUUUCUUAAUGAAGUGAAAUAGAAGAGAAAAUAAGACAAUGUAUCACUCAUAGUAGAAUCGAGAAUGUUUUGUGAAAUGAGCCCUGGUGGCACAAUGAUUAAGCGCUUGCCUGCUAACCAAAAUGUGGGUGGUUCAAACCCACCAGUAGCUCUGUGAGAGAAAACGCCUGGUGAUCUGCUCUAAUAAAGUUUAAAACCAAAACCUGUUGUCUUCUGGUCGAUUCUGACUGAUAGUGACCCCGUAGGACAGAAUUGAACUGCCCAGUAGGGUUUCCAAGGCUGUAAAUCUUUACUGAAGCAGACUGCCAAAUCUUUCUCCUAUGGAGCUGCUGGUGAGUUUGAACUGCCAAUAUUUUGAUUAGCAGCCAAGCACUUAACUACCAGGGACCCUAGUAAACCCAAUGAGGCAGUUCUACUCUGUCCUGUAGGGUCGCUAUGAGCCACAAUCAGCUCAGCACACAACAACAACAAUGUGUUUGUACAGACUGAGUCACGGUAUACAACCUAUGUUUUACUGUGGGUUGCAUUAAAAAAAAAUCAAAAGCCACUGCUCUAAACUGCGGUGUUUUAACCUGGCUCCAUAGAUGAGCCUCGAGGUGUCCGUAACUUUCUAAUGUUAUAUGCGAACAGCUUUGUGGGUGUGCUUGCCCACACGCUUGCGUGCUUUUUUCUGGGAAAGGAGCCAUAAUUUUCAUCAGAUUCUCAAAAGGGCUCAUGACUUCUUACACCAGUUUCCUUGUUUUCCUUCUUUCUCCCUUCUGUCUAUUGAUCUGUUUCUCUGUCUCUUUCUCUAACAUUUCUGGAAUCCCUCUUGGCGUUGUUUUCAGAACUAGUAGAUCAGCUAAACAAGGAAACUUGUACAUUGCCAGUGUUAUGCCUUGUUUCUGAUCCAAAACGUCAUGAUGUUUGCCCUUAUUUACUAGCCGAGGCUUCUUGACGUCAUUGCUUGCAAAUGUAAAAUUCACCUUCAAAGACCGAAUGUUUAUCAUCUAUAAGAAUACUCAAAAGAAUUGUAGCAGUAUCUAAAGGCAGUUCACGAUGAGAGUUUUCCAAAAUAUUUUGAACUUUGAUCCCAUUAUUGGAAUGAGUCUCCAAAGGAGACAACUUUGAACAACAAGUUUAACUUAUAUGACUAACUUCGGGUAUGUUUAUUUUAAAAAUUGGUAGUAUUACUUUAUGGAGCCCCCAGUUUGUACAAAUGGUAACACACUCACUGCUAACUGAAGGGUUGGAGGUUCAGGUCCACCCAGAGGUGCCUUGGAAGAAAGGCCUGGCCAUCUACUGCUGAAAAAUCAGCCAUUGAAAACACUAUGGAGCGCAGUUCUACUUUAACAUACAUGGGAUCGCCAUGAGUCAGACUCAACCUGAUGGCAACUGGUUUGUUGUUUUUUUUUAAGUGUUACUUUAUAGGGAUGACUAGAUCUGUUUCUCUCUCUGUAUAUGCAAAUUAUCAUGGUACCAAAGAAUAAUGGUUCUUACAUUUCAGUGACAGUUGGUAAAUUUUUACUCACCUGUAUCUCUUUAAGGAAAUCCUGAUGGUGUAGUGGUUAAGUGCUACAGCUACUAGCCAAAAGGUCAGCAGUUCAAAUCCACCGGGCACUCCUUGGAAACUCUAUGGGGCAGUUCUACCCUGUCCUAUAGGGUCGCUUUGAGUCAGACCUGACUCGGCAGCAAUGGGAUUGGGUUUAUAUCUCUUUAAAAUGGAGUAGUUACAAACAGGUUCCCUAGAAUUAAGCAAUGUAGUGUUGAUCUAUUAAGACAAAUAUCCUGAAUAAAGGAAGUAUCCCUACAGGCAUAAAGCAGAAAUUAAAUGUUAGUAACUGGAUAGUUAGUCAUCAUUCUGAAAGAGAUUGCAUAACUUAAUUAUGAACUAUAAGUCUAGCUUUUUAAUUUAAAAAUUGCAAAUGGCUUUGUUAGUAUCCUUAAAUAUGCUUAUCAUUUAAAAAAAAAAAAAAAAAACACCUUAGCAUUCUUGAUAUUUCCCUCAAUAUCAGUUUUUCUCAAAAAAGUGCAAAGCUCGCCAGGUUAAGGGAAUCAUUAUAUUUUUACUUGGUAUAUAUUGAGAACCUGUUCUGUGGAUAAUGUUGAAUUAAAUGCUGCAGGAACCAUGGAAGGAGUAAUAAAGGCUUCUGAAUCUUCCAACAUCUUUUCCGACAUAAUAAAUUAAUUCAGUAAAUACAUAUUAAGUACCUGUAGUAUGCCAGAAGCACCGUGUUCAGUAGCAGCAAUACCACCAAAUAUAUUAAGGUCCCGCCUCAAGGAUCCAACACUCUUGAGGAGGACAUAGGCAAGUAGGUAGGACAUUCAGAAUCAACACUGUGAUAAGGGUCCAGAUAGAGAGUAUUACGGGAGUACACAGGAAGGACAGCCUAACCUAAUCUUGGAAGAUCAAGGAAGGUUUUCUAGAGGAAGCAGUGAUAAAGGAGACCUGAAGAAGACCAGGUAAGUUGUAGGAGAAGGGAAAUGUACAGGAAGUUCAAGAAGUAAGGCAGCCUGGAGUAUUUAAAGUGUUGGCAAUAGUUUGUAAUGGCUGGAGGCUAGACAGGGCAAGAGACUAUAGUGGGAAUGGUAAACAGGCCAGAUCAUGAAGGACCCUGUCCUCUGUGACUGAUAGAACUUUCUCAGAACAUAAUAGUGAGCCCUAUUUUAAUAAUAUAGCAGUGUCAUCAUAUUGGUGUUUUAGAAAGAUGGCUCAGGCUACAGUGUGAAAAAUGGGUUUAAGGAGGACAAAACUGAAGUCAGAGGAAACUGAUGGGAUAAUAUAAUUUAGUGGCCUAAAUUUGGGUAGUAGCAGUGGAGCCGUGUUUAUUUAUUUGAUCAUCAUUCACUGAAUACCUGCUAUGUGCCAGGCACUGUUCUAAGCCCUGGGAAUAGAACACUGAAUGUGAUAUGAACUUAAUUCUCAUGAGGAGAAACUAACUGGAAAUAAUAAAUACUUCUUUAUGGUGAACAACAAACAGGGUAAUGAGAUCGUUACCAGAAGGCUACUUGAAAUUGGGAGUUAAGGCAGGCCACUUUGAGGGCAAGAGAUAUAAAUUAGACUUAAAUGGUAAUGUAACGGAACGCCACUCGAGUUCUUGUCCUGUCUUAUUAGCCAGUUGAAAUAAGACGGACACUGAUUGCAACGGAAACAGAAAGUGGCAAGUUUGUUGUCUGCGCGUACAAGGAGCGCUUGGGGUCUAGUGACCUUAAGGCCACGUGCUUGCUGACUAAGGGGGCUGGGGAGCUUUUUGUUUCUAAUGGUGUCAGGGGGUUGGUGCCCGGAAUUUUCUGCCUUUAGCCCUCCCAUGCCUGUAUUUGGGGGCGGGGGGUCAGUUGAAGGAUGUGAUUUCAAUCUGUGCAUGCUUCAAGGUGUAACUAGGGCCACUACUUGCUGCGACUUCCUGCUCAAAACAAGCUUGUGGUUAGCAAGACAAAGAGGGGGGAAGGGGUGUUGAUUGGGGUUUUCAAUAUGGCUGAGCAGCCUGUUUCCAUAAGAAGGAACCAGCCAAGAUCUGUGAGAACACUCUGAGAAGAGGGAACAGCAAAUGAAACGGUGGUGAGGAAGUGGAACGAGAAAUCUCAUUCAGGACGGAAUGUGGACUGUAUUACUCCUAUUACAAGCAAAUGCUGCAGGCUCCAACCCUCGAGCAAGGUUUACAUGGCUUAAUAUAUGACAACAAAACUGAAUCUAUGAGGACAAUUAACCUCCUUGAACGAAUGAAUAUUUACCAGGAAGUUUUUCUCAGUAUUUUAUACAAAGUUCUACCCGUACAGAAAUAUUUAGAGCCAGUUUAUUUUUAUAUUUACACCUUAUUUGGGCUCCAGGCGAUCUAUGUCACAGCUCUUUAUGUAACCAGCUGGCUCCUUAGUGGUACAUGGCUAUCAGGACUAUUAGCAGCUUUCUGGUAUGUCACAAAUAGAAUAGAUACCACAAGAGUUGAGUUUACCAUUCCACUGAGGGAGAACUGGGCACUGCCCUUCUUCGCAGUUCAGAUAGCAGCGAUUACGUAUUUCCUGAGACCAAAUUUACAGCCUCUUUCUGAAAGGCUGACACUUCUUGCCGUUUUUGUAUCAACUUUUCUCUUUAGUCUGACAUGGCAGUUUAAUCAAUUUAUGAUGCUGCUGCAGGCAUUAGUACUGUUCGUGCUGGACUCCUUAGACAUGCUACCAGCAGUGAAGGUGACAUGGCUGUACGGCAUACAGAUAACAAGUUUAUUCCUGGUCUGCGUUCUUCAGUUUUUCAAUUCCAUGAUUCUUGGAUCAUUGCUUAUAAGCUUUAAUCUUUCAGUAUUAAUUGCAAGAAAACUUCAGAAAAAUCUGAAAACUGGAAGCUUCUUUAAUAGGCUUGGGAAACUUUUAUUACAUUUAUUCUUGGUUUUAUGUUUGACACUUUUUCUCAACAACAUUAUUAAGAAAAUUUUAAACCUGAAGUCAGAUGAACACAUAUUUAAAUUCCUGAAGGCAAAAUUUGGGUUUGGAGCAACAAGAGAUUUUGAUGCAAAUCUGUAUCUGUGUGAAGAAGCUUUUGGUCUCCUGCCUUUUAAUACAUUUGAAAGGCUUUCUGGUACUCUGCUUUUUUAUGCUUAUGUAUUUGUUCUGUCCAUCACAGUGAUUGCAGCUAUAGCGGUUGCCUUUCAUAAUCUCAGUGAUUCAACAGAUCAACAAUCCAUGGGUAAAAUGGGAAAAUGCACAAUUGAGCUGAAACCAGAAACUGCCUACAACCUAAUACAUACUAUUCUGUUUGGAUUCUUGGCAUUGAGUACAAUGAGAAUGAAAUACCUGUGGACAUCACACAUGUGUGUGUUUGCAUCAUUUGGCUUGUGCAGCCCUGAAAUAUGGGAGUUACUUCUGAAGUUGGUCCAUCUUUACAGCCCAAAGAGGAUACGUGUAAUUCGAUAUUCAGUACCGAUAUUAAUACUGAUGUAUCUUUGCCAUAAGUUCUGGCCAGGAAUGAUGGAUGAACUCUCCGAGCUGAGAGAAUUCUAUGAUCCAGAUACGGUGGAGCUGAUGAACUGGAUUAUCUCUAACACUCCAAGGAAUGCUGUGUUUGCUGGAAGCAUGCAGUUGCUGGCUGGAGUCAAGCUGUGCACAGGAAGGACCUUAACCAACCACCCGCACUAUGAAGACAAAAGCCUAAGAGAGCGAACCAAAGCUGUCUAUCAGAUAUACGCAAAGCGGUCUCCAGAGGAAGUGUAUGCCUUGCUAAGGUCCUUUGGCACCGACUACGUCAUCCUGGAAGACAGCAUCUGCUACGAACGAAGGCACCGCCGCGGCUGCCGGCUGCGGGACCUGCUGGACAUCGCCAACGGACACGUGAUGGAUGGCCCAGGAGAGAAUGAGCCCGAUUUGAAACCUGCAGGCCACCCUCGCUUCUGUGAAGAGAUAAAAAGAAACCUACCCCCUUACAUGGCACAUUUCACUAGAGUGUUUCAGAACAAAACAUUCCAUGUUUACAAGCUAACCAGAAACAAGUAACAACACAGUUGUCUGUUCAGCCUCUAUUUUUGAUACAAAUUCCAUCAUAAUGAAGCCCAAUUGAUAGUUUCCUAUGUAAUUAGGUAGCCUGCACCUUAAAGCUGUGAUCUGAGUAAGGUCUACAGAUGUUUACACAAGCAUUACUAUCUCUGAAAGUAUCUUACACAAGUUCAAGUGUUUGUCAUCUUGUCUCUAUCUGUUCAACGUUGUUUAGUGUAACUGUUCACAGCUUUCCCAGAGUGGCCUAGAACUUUGUUGGGGAGAUCAGUCUGUGUUCCAUGGCAGCCUGAACAGCCACAUAUCAUGUUGGGAAUCAAGAACCUGUUCAGGAUUUGAAAUACGUUUAAUCUUCAAUUGUCUUAAGACAGCAGUGGUUGAAUUGAAUUGAGGAGAUGCAUAAUUAUUGAAUUUUAUUCCACUUGUGAAGACCAAUCAGUGGCUUUUUAAAAAGCUCUUUAUUGUCCUGUUUUACCUGAAAAUUUUAUGAAGUGUUUUCAGUUUUCAUGCUCUUAACAUUGGAAAAAAAAAAUCAUGUUAGGUCUUUGUACAUAUCUGAAAUUUUUUGAUCGAGCUGUGUCCGAAAUGUAGUGCGUAGACUUCAGUAAUAUGUGUCACAUAUUAAAUGUGUCUGUGUGUUUUUUAAUGCUGGACACAGAAAAGUAUUACAAGUUCCAUAUUUUAAGUCCUUAAAGGGGCAGAAAUAUAUGUAGCCAAGUAGAAUUUGUUACUGCUUAGUGUUUUUAUUUUAAAACCUAUGGAUACUAUUUAACCUCCCCUUCAAGUAAGAGAGUUUUGCUUUAUUUCUUACUCAUUUAAAUCUACUGGGUUUGCAAAAUUUUGUAAAAUUUUGUGUUUUUAGCCUUUGUAUUUUUUACAGCCUAGAACCUUGCAGAAAGCCUGACUAUUUUUAAAAUGUCGUGUCUUAACUAAUUCGCUGAUAACGAUAUUUGUAGCAGACCGCAUUUUCAUACCAGGUUUGAUUUGUGUCUCCAAUCUUACCGUGAGGUCCUGCUGGUGUUGUUCUUUUCCUUACAAAAAGGUAACCAAGUGCCUCUAAGUCAUGACAGCUUAUCAGCAAGAAAGAGGAUUAUGUGUACCUGCUCAAAAAUUUUUUGAUAAUUGCUUUUAUAAUUAAUUGCUAAUGAUGGGGACAUGUAAAAGUUGCUGAUAAAAGUAUGCUGUGCAUUUAAUUAAAUCAAGAUGGCUAAUGAAA